CCCCGCCCCGCGGUAGGAGCAGCGGUGGCGGUGGUGGCGCGGACUGGCACGAGGGCGCGCGGCCAGUAGUGUGGCGCAGCCAUGUCGGGCCCGGCGCGUGCGCGCCUCUUGGCGAUCCAGCUCGUGCCCGCCACCCUUCUACUUCUCUACUGGAUUCCUUCACCAACUUCCGCUGUUGUAUGCAAUCAAACAGUAUGCAAUUGUGCUGGUAUUAAAGGAGACCGUGGCAGUAUAGGUAGUCCAGGGAUACAAGGCCCUCAAGGUGAAUAUGGUGACGAUGGACCUGAAGGUCGUAUUGGUAUACAAGGAGAACCUGGCGACUCGGGACAGCAAGGUGACUACGGUGAUAAAGGAGAAAGGGGUAUCGAUGGACCGUAUGGACCUCGAGGAUAUACCGGACCUCAGGGACCUAAUGGUUUAGAAGGAAUACGAGGUUAUGCAGGGUUAGACGGAUGUAGUGGGAUAGAUGGUGUAAUAGGAUUACCAGGACCGCAAGGCUUUAUUGGAGAUAGAGGAAUUCCAGGUCCUUACGGAGAAAAAGGGCUACAAGGCUUAGCUGGAGAAGGUGGAGUAAACUCAAGAGGUGCUAAAGGAGAUCAAGGUGACUUUGGUCGUCAUGGAACCCCUGGUCCAGUAGGGCCAGUUGGUUGGAGAGGAGAUAGUGGCCCCCGGGGAGAAGAAGGAGAUCAGGGAGCUAUGGGUUUUCGAGGAGAACCAGGAUAUAGAGGAGAUCCUGGAGAUGACGUAGUAGGUCCACCUGGAGAAAAAGGAGAUCAAGGUGAAAUCGGCGAACCAGGAAGACCGGCGCUAACUAUUUUUAUUGACCAAGUGCAACAAAAUGUUACUAUCCUAGCAAAGGGUCAAAAAGGUGAAAAAGGACUUAGGGGACAGCAAGGCGUCAAGGGUAUUAAAGGAGAACUAGGUUCAACAGGUGCUCCGGGUCCAUAUGGUCUGAACGGACCUCAAGGCUACAAAGGUGAUCAAGGUGUUGAAGGAUCAAGGGGAAAGCCUGGUCAUCGUGGUCGAGAAGGGCCUCCUGGACCAAAAGGAGAUAAAGGGUGGCCUGGUUAUGAUGGUCCUAAUGGAGAAGAUGGCCUUACCGGUUUCCCUGGAGAAGACGGAAGACCUGGAAUUCCAGGUGAACAAGGGCCUAUGGGAGAGCCAGGAAUAUACGAUGAAAGACUAAACGAACCACUCUUACCUGGAUCAAUGGGUCCUCAAGGACCUAUUGGAUACGUUGGCCCUCCAGGACCUAGGGGAGCUGAUGGGAAACCUGGAUUACCUGGUAUUAUGGGUCCGCCCGGCCCACCAGGAACAAAGGGUAUUCCUGGAAGACCAGGACCACCGGGAACCUCUACUAAAGGAGAACCUGGAAAUGAUGGUUUUAAAGGUUUACCUGGACCUCGUGGCCCAAUGGGUAAACCUGGUCUUACUGGCGUUUUGGGUCCUAAGGGAUUUAAAGGAGCAACUGUAGUAGGUCCAGAUGGAGAAGAAGGUAUGCCAGGUACUGAUGGACAGCCAGGUAUAAGAGGGGAUAGAGGUGAAGUAGGAUACAUGGGUCCACCUGGUUUUCCCGGCACUGGUGUAACUGGAGUUGGUCCACCAGGAGACGAUGGAUCACCAGGCCGCCCAGGUGUAGUUGGUGAACCUGGAGAACCUGGAAGACCAGGCAUACCUGGAUAUAAAGGAGAACGCGGUGACGACUGUCCUUUUUGCCCGUCAGGCCAACCUGGGCGUAAGGGACAAAGAGGCGACGACGGUUUUCCUGGACAAAAAGGUUACCCUGGGUUUGAAGGUUUACCUGGGCCUCCUGGACGUAAAGGUGAAUCAGGUACACCUGGCGUUAAUGGACCACCCGGACCAAAGGGUAAUAAAGGUCAGUCGGGAAUGGCUGGUCCUCAAGGAUUGAAAGGAAAAAAAGGCCGACUUAUACAACCACCUUUUUCGUUAACUAAGGCCGAACCAGGACCACGUGGUUUACCAGGUUUUGCUGGAAGUCCUGGUUUUCGUGGAGACCCAGGUUGGCCUGGAAGUCCUGGACCUCAUGGUUUUAAGGGAAUAAAGGGAGUAAUGGGCGAUGAGGGUUUCCCUGGUCGACCUGGUCGGAAUGGAACAAAAGGCAGUGACGGAUUACCCGGGUGGGAUGGUGCUAAUGCUGAUCAGUCAUUUGCACCUUUUCUUUUUGGACAAAAGGGAGACAAAGGCAUAAAAGGUGAAAUUGGUGAACCCGGAGAAGACGGUUUAAAAGGUGACACUGGAGAAGCACUUGGUUUUGAAAUUAAUUCAAAAGGCGAGAAAGGAGUUAUGGGUCCUCCUGGAAGACGAGGCUUUCCUGGAAGAAAGGGGGAACUUGGAGAUAUCGGUUACGGUGGAUUUCAGGGUCGUCGCGGUGAUUUAGGAAACCCGGGUAUUUCACAACCAGGACCUAUUGGACCUAGGGGCUUUCCAGGAGAAAAAGGAGACAUUGGUCCCUAUGGCGAACCUGGAACAAGAGGAGGACAAGGUCCAACCGGAAUACCCGCUGAAAAAGGAAAGAAAGGAUCACGAGGAGACAUUGGAUUCGCCGUUAUUUACGGUGAAAGAGGAAUCGAUGGAACUAAAGGAGAAAUGGGAGAUAUAGGUGAGGCUGGAUAUCCAGGAUCACCUGGUAGGGCUGGAGUGAUGGGACCUAAAGGAGAAACUGGACUUCCUGGUGAUACAGGACCACAAGGCCCGGUAGGACCUCAAGGACGGAAAGGUAUACAAGGAAUCAUAGUACAAGGAGCCCGUGGUUCUCCAGGUCAGCCGGGAAGACCAGGUUUUAUGGGUAUAAUAGGUGAACCAGGAUUACAAGGAAUGCACGGCUUACAUGGUGAUGUUGGACAAAAAGGAAUGAAAGGAGAAACUGGACUACCUGGAGCUAGAGGGUGGACUGGAGAUCGAGGCCUACCUGGGGUUAUAGGUUUCCCAGGAUUUUUAGGACGACCUGGACGUAGUGGACUAUCUGGAGACCGCGGUGAGCCUGGGCCUGCAGGUUACCCAGGUUUGCCAGGGAACCAAGGGCUUCCUGGUUUACCUGGAAUUAAAGGAUUCCGUGGUGAUACAGGCAUCCCAGGUUUAAGUGGUUUAGAUGGGUUGCCAGGUAUCAAAGGAGAAACUGGAGAUGACGGCUAUAUGGGACUUCAGGGAAGGCGGGGAGAAAACGCAACCAAGGGUAUGAGAGGAGACUUUGGUGACCAAGGUUUACCUGGAUUUGAAGGAAGACCUGGAUUUUACGGGCUUAAAGGUGAAAAAGGUGAUAGAGGAAAUCGUGGAUUUGAUAUACCAGGACGUGUUGGUAUUAAGGGUUUACCUGGCAAUCCAGGAUUAAGUGGCAGAUUUGGUUUACCCGGAGUGAAAGGACAAGUCGGAGAUUAUGGAGAGAAUGGCAUAAAAGGCCUUAUUGGGGAUAAAGGUUAUCCAGGAUUUCCUGGUCAACCUGGAAGACCAGGAUACAUUGGACCUAAAGGAUUAGCAGGAAUUGUAGGUUUUGCUGGAAGACGUGGACAGAAAGGUGACUAUGGUGAUAAUGGUGAACCUGGUAGGAUGGGAAUGCCUGGUGUUCCUGGUAACAUUGGUCCACCUGGACUAGAGGGCAUCCGUGGUGACAUGGGUCCAAAGGGUGAACAGGGUGAGACAGGUCCCAGUAGUUAUUUACCAGCCACUAAAGGUGACAUGGGUGAUAUAGGAAUAGAAGGACUAGAAGGUUUACCCGGAGAUGUGGGAGAAGUAGGUUUUACUGGAGCUGAAGGUAUUAAAGGAGAUCAAGGUGACAUAGGAUUUCAAGGAGAAUUUGGUGACGAUGGACUUCCUGGGCAGAAAGGACAGAUAGGAGAUGUAGGUCCUCCUGGCCUUCCUGGCUUUGAUGGAAUAGGUGCAGAACAAGGAGAAAGUGGUAAAGAUGGUCUAGAUGGUCUUCCCGGUUGGCCUGGUCCUAUGGGACAAAAAGGUGCACCAGGUGAAUAUGGAAUUAACGGCCCUGAAGGAUCUCCUGGUCAACCAGGCUUAACUUUCCAAGGGCCAAAGGGAAUGAAAGGUAUGGACGGUUUUCCAGGAAGACGUGGAAAUAUGGGUAUACCUGGUGCUCGUGGUAUGGAAGGAGAGCCUGGUUUUAUAGGACCUAAAGGCGAAGUCGGCGAGCCUGGUAUAUCUAUUAGUCGUAAAGGAGAAACAGGUGAUCACGGUAUGCCAGGAUUUUAUGGUUUGAAGGGUGUACGAGGAGACGUUGGUGAAUUAGGAUUCAAUGGAUACAGGGGAUACAUAGGUGAAGUAGGCAUGAAAGGCUUUAGAGGUGACGAUGGUGAAGAGGGACUACAAGGUUACCUCGGUCUAAAAGGUAUUAAAGGUGAAAGAGGCGAUACUAUUCUUCCACAGGACGUUAGGCCUGGAGAACGUGGUGAUGUAGGUUUACCGGGUAAAGAUGGUAAAAAUGGACGACCUGGUGCACCAGGACCAUUUGGAGAAAAUGGUGUUCCUGGUUUUAAAGGCGAACAGGGUGACGUUGGUGAUAUUGGGCCUAUUGGUUAUCCUGGACCUCAAGGAGAACAAGGUCUUACAGGUAUAAAAGGAGUGAUAGGUAUAGAUGGAGCGCUUGGGCUACCAGGCCGUCCUGGAUUACCAGCUCCUCCACCACCUAUACCAAAAUCAAGGGGUUUCUACUUCGCUGUUCAUUCACAAACAAGAAUGAUACCUAGAUGUCCUACUGGGACAACACCUAUGUGGGAUGGAUUCUCAUUAAUACACAUAGUUGCCAACGCUAAAGCACAUGGACAAGAUUUAGGAGCUCCGGGCAGUUGCUUGAGAAGAUUCUCUACAAUGCCUUUCAUGUUCUGUAAUAUUAAUAACGUAUGUGAUUUCGCUCAAAGAGAAGACUAUAGUUUUUGGCUUUCGACGCCCGAACCCAUGCCGAUGGCUAUGACUCCAAUUCAAGCCAGAGAUGUUGGAUCAUAUAUAUCCAGAUGCCAAGUAUGCGAAUCAUCAACAAGAACCAUAGCAAUACAUAGCCAGAGUAAUGCAGUACCGACAUGUCCGUCCGGCUGGGAAGAAUUAUGGAUAGGAUAUAGUUUUCUAAUGCACACAGCGGGAGCAGAUGCGGCGGGCCAGAGUCUUAUAUCACCAGGCUCGUGUCUUCGCGAAUUUAGAACACGACCAUUUAUCGAAUGCAACGGGCUAGGUCGCUGUAACUAUUUCGCUACGGCAGUGUCAUACUGGCUGUCCACUAUAGACGACAACAGAAUGUUCCUAAAACCGGAGCAACAGACUUUAAAAGCAGAUCAAGUGUCUAAAGUUAGCAGAUGUGCAGUAUGUAUGAGAAGUCAACCGAAACCGACAAGGAAUGUAGCGUAUACAGGAAGCGCCGGUGCUGUCGAAGCUGUUCCCAACGAGGCGCGUCGUCGCCCAUCCGAUCGGCCUAGACACCGCGUAGGUGGUCAACGCAACAACCGGGGUAGACGUCGUUAUUAAAGGCUCAAACAUGAAUUUUACAGUAUAACUAGAAACUUACAAAUAUAGUUGCCUCUUAAACUUAAUCGAGUACUUAGUCAAUAAAAUAUGUAGGUAUUUAUGCUUGUGCGUAUCAUUUAUCAAUGUGACGAACCGAACAGUUUAAAAAACCAUAAAAUAAAAAUGUAAAAUAAAGCAAAAUGUUUGAUAUUUCUUUACUAUUCGAUUUAAAAACUUGCCAUUUAAUAUGUAAAAAUAAACCAAAAGUUGCGAAAACACAAUGUAAACAUAUUUGAAAUGUAUUGUUACAUGUGCCUCGGCUUAAUAGGCUAAAAUUAUACGUCACGUACGAAAUAUUUAAUAAAAAUUAUUACAAAGACGAUAGGUUCAGCACAAAAAAUAGAUUAAAUGAAAAGUAAUAUCAAUAGUAUAAAAAAUGAAAACAAUAUCUGUAGCGAUCUGUGCAGUCAAUCUUCAGUGUGAACAUAUGUAUGUACUAUAUAAGUAAUUCUUACUAAAAUUAGAAGUGCUUUUCUAUGUACUUCUUAAGGCUCUUACUAGCUACGGCAGUGGCUACUUACUUCUAAGGCUUUACGGCUCUUGCAAUUCUAAACCGUUCUAUAUUAGGUCUUAAAUCAAUGAACUAAUUUUUUUAAUACCUAUACAUAAUUGUAAAUAAAAUACACUAUGUAGACAAUAUAUUGUAAUGUUAAAAUAAAAUUUAAAUUAAUAAGUGUUAUGUUUAUUACUUUUUUGUAUAAAUUGUAUCACCUGAAAGAAAGUUGAUAUUAAGUAGUAUAUUAAUUAGGCAAGUGUGAUUUGGAGUCGCACGCAAAAGCUUUCGUAACACUACAAUUUCGAUGGAAAAAAAUAGCUGAUAAAAUAUGUACCUACCUUCUCUUUUACUUUACAUUUACGCUUUGUUUUAUAAGGGUUAUAACAAUAGAACCUGUGCAAAUUACUUGAAAUAAAUAUAUUAAAUUUAAAAAA